GUGAUAGCGAAGGGUCGGCGCAGUCUCGGGAGCGGUUGUGGGCGCGCAAGGAUCUUACGGUGGUGUGUGCUCGCCUGGGCUGCGGGUUGCUAACAGCUCGACGCCACUCGACCAACGGGACGCCUCGACCACCGUUCCUCUUCCUUACCACCGACGCCAGGAACCACCACUAAAGCACCAAGAUGACGGAGGCAGAGAUGCUGAUGGAGGAGAAGCUCCGCAAGAAGAAAGAGGAGGAGGAGGAGAUGUGGACUGAGUACCUGGAGCAACGGAAGAAACAACGCGCCAAGGAAGAAGAGGAACUGCGGAAACUAAAAGAACGACAGGCGAAAAGAAAAGCCCAGCGAGCCGAGCAAGAGGCCAAGUUGAUGGAGUUCAAGAAGAAACAAGAAGAGCAGAGAAUCAGGGAAAUGGAGGAGAAGAAAGCGCGGGAAGCCGAGGCGAAGCGCAAGCGGUUGGAAGAGGCAGAGCGCAAGCGCCAGGCCAUGCUGGCAGCCAAGGAGAAGCGUGAGCAGGAGCCCGUCAAGCCAAACUUCGUCAUCACCAAACGCGAGGGCGAAGAAAUGGCCUCGGCGCUAGGAAGCUCCGGCUUUGACAAGUUUGCCAACAUCAUGUACGCUCGAGGUGAGAUGGGUAAGACCAAGGAGCAGAUGGAAGAGGACAAGAAGGCCAUCCUGUCUUUCCGCAUCAAGCCCUUGGAGAUCGAAGGCCUGACCGUCGAGCAACUGCGUGAGAAGGCCAAGGAGCUUUGGGAGAGGGUCGUCAGCCUAGAGUCCGAGAAGUACGAUCUUGAGGAGCGCCAGAAGAGGCAGGACUACGAUUUGAAGGAACUGGCAGAGCGUCAGCGGCAAAUCAACAGGAGCAGGGCGCUCAAGAAGGGUCUCGACCCCGAAGCUCUGCAGGGCAAGCACCCGCCCAAGAUUCAGGUGGCCAGCAAGUACGAGCGAAGGACGGACCGCCGCACCUUCGUCGACAAGCGUGAACUCUUCUCUGGCGGGCUCGAAGCAAUGCUGGACGCCGAGUCGGAGAAGCAGUGGGAGGAGAAGAUGAUGAGCUUCAAGGAGUCUGGUCGUAGUGGUCUGCCCAAGUGGGACCCUGAGAACCCCAAGAACAAGCAGGUGAUGCGCAGCCGCCGUGAGGUGGACGAGGAGGAAGACGACGAGCUCGAGCCCGUGUUCGAGCCACCCAAGCCCGUCGAGACGCCCAAGCCCGCGCCCCCGGCACCCAAGCCCGCCCCCGUGCAGCAGCAGGAAGAGGAAGAGGAGGAAGAGGAAGAAGAGGAAGAAGAAGAGGAAGACGAGGAGGAAGAGGAGGAGGAGGAAGAGGAGGAAGAAGAGGAGGAGGAAGAGGAAUAGGCCUUCCCUGAAAGCUCCUACCUUUCCCGAGACAUCGCCACAACCAUCGACGAGAACUCGCACUGAAGACAAGCGGCAAAGCUGAAGCUUUUACAAAAAUACAGAAUAAAAAUGUGGACCGUUGCGUCCAGCCAUAGAAACAUGAAGACGACGCCAUGGCGGCAUUCUGAACACUUUAUCUCGAAGCAAUAAACUUACCAAACAUUUGUAUUCUAAUACACUUGUACCCCGGUCAAAUGUCCCGCACAGAGCCUGUUGAACAAAUGCUCUCAGUGGACUGGCAGCCAGUAUUUCUCCGCUUGUUUUUAGAGAAAUUUACACCACGCUGACGAUUUCUUUGUUUUUUUCUUAUUAUUUCUUUGAAUGUAUCGAGCUGCCCAUCUUUGUGGUGUUAAAGAUUGAAGGCAUGCUUCGUUGUUUCUGUUUCAGCAUACUUAUGUUGUUCACUUUUGUUCAAAGAUGGAUUACAAUAAAAACGAAGAAAGCGAAGCGA